AUGGCGAUGAUGGAUCCUAAUAAUUGGAGCGGACAGGAGCACUCGAUGCACCAGGCUGGUCAGGAUGAUUUCCAGCAGUUCUUGGAUAUGGGCGACAUGCCCAACCUUGGCGAUGGCAUACAGUUCGACUUUCAGGGCUUCAACCCCCCCAAUGGAAACUCCAUCAUUCACAAUCACUCGGCGCACGAUGGCAUGGAUACUCAGAUGAGCGGUACCGAAACACCAAAUGCCGCGCCGGGCAGCAACAUAGGCCUCCCGCAUCAGAUGCCCCCCAUGACAUCUGGCCCGGCCAUACCUACUAUACCAUCGCAGAUGAUGCCGCAACAUCACAACAACACAAGCGAUGCCAUCUCCGACCUGGAUGCUCAGAUUCAGUUCUUGCAACACCAGAAGCUGCAACAGCAACAGAGACAGCUCGAGGAGCAGCAACGGAGGUUCGCAGAACAGCAGGCUGCUUGGCUCGCGCAACAGCAAGCCAUGGUACCCCCAACACCCCAGAGCCUCGAGAUGCAGGCUGCGAACAACUACUACGCCCAAGGGGACCAAACCCCCCAUCACUCACACGGCAUGUUCGACAGGUAUCGCAGUCUGAAGGAACAGCAGGAUAUGGCCUUCACCCCGCUCGUGUCACCUGCUGUGACCCCUUUGGAUGCUCACUUCCCAGUCGAUAACCAAUUCACUAUUCCGGGAGCAUAUUUUAGUCCUCUGACAUCGCCGGCUCUACACGCCCAGAAUGACGCACACUUCGGCAUCAACCAUGGUGCAAGCACCAACACGACCAAUUCGCCUCAAGAGAUGGACUUGGAAUCUGGAGGCCCGCCGGCGACGUCAGUCGACCUAUCGAAAAAGGUCCGCAAGGUAAAUGUGUCAAAGGCCAGGAGGGGCACUGUCCGUCAAUCGCCCAUCGUCAAGCCUCAGAGGAAAAAGACCGCCUCGACGCCAGUCAUGAACGCGCAGAUAUUGAGUGAAUUAGCAGAGACGGCAGCUGGGAGGCCAGAGCAGCGGGCAACGAAAACGACGCCCGCUUCGGCAACAUCAACUGACGAGUCUGAAAACGCAUCCGUUUCACCCGAAGCUCUCUCGGAUAUGCCACCGCCACCUCUUCCUCAUCCUCGUUCUGCACGGCAAUCGCCCCAUAUCCAGGCACAGAACACCGCGGUGAACCCCUUGACAGCCUCGAUAAAUGGCAUGGCAUCGCCCGCGACGCCUGCGACACUUUUCAGGAUAUCACCCAAGGGCAAAUCUGCUGACUCGGCCAACCCUGGUCAAAUGGCAUCUGAACACAUCGAGACAUUCGAACUACCCGAAUCUGCCAGUUUCCCGAAAUCUCAGCUGCCACAGCUUAUCACCCAGGCAAACUCUAGUUCGCCUCCUGAAGUAGAAACCGUCAGGCCUUCUGCAUUCCAGCCCUUACCAUCGCCAGUUUUCGCAAAGCCUUCACCAAGGCUUGCGCCAUCAAUUGACAGCCCCCAGAUCAUCCCAAAGGCGGCUGGAACACCGAACCCUCGAAAGACGCCCUUACUAGCCCCUCGCGGAAGCAAGAAAAGAGCCAGUAUCAGCUCCAUGUCUGUUUCACCAGCUCUGCGGCCAAAGAUCUCUCCGAAUAUCAAACCCCUUUUGCCAGGAACUCCUAGCCUAUCUGCCGAAGAUACCGCGUCGCGGUUGUUGGCAUCCAAGUCAAAUUACCAAAACAUCAUCGAAGGCAACACAGUGCCCGGAGUAUCUUAUCCGAGCGAGUUGUCAACAAACUUGACCUCAAAAAGAACUUCGCAUAAAAUCGCCGAACAAGGACGUCGCAACCGCAUCAAUUUAGCACUUCAGGAAAUUGCUACCUUGUUGCCUAAGAGUGUGACCAAGGAUAUUUUACCGGACGAAGCAGACAGCCCAGGAGACGAAAAGGCAGAUAAGAAAGACGGCAAGCCGGCCAGUACCCCAAACAGUAAAGCCAGUACUGUGGAAAUGGCCAUCAUCUACAUCAAACAACUGCAGCAAGAAAUUGCGGACGCGAACAAGAGGGCUGAUGAAGCAGAGCAGAAGCUGGCAGCUACGGUUGCAGCUUCCUGA